AUGAAGUCCAAGAUUACGGCCUUGGGAACUCACAACACCAGCAUGAUCAAAAGUUUCGAGCAGGUACUAUUUGAGACAGAUAAAUACAGUUAUAUGAAACAGGCCAACGCGAUGGCCAAAGACCUCGAAACCUUUGAGCUCUUAAUCCUUGAGGACGUGGGAAACAACCAGGAAAAACUGACCACGCAAAUCGAGAACAUGCUGGAGAAGAUUGCCAAGCUCGAGAAGUAUCUUAUCCAUGAACUCAUUAUUGACAACGAAGGCUAUUUAGAUACCUACAGCCGGCUUCACGAUAUCAAAAGAACGAUCAAGUAUUGA